UUUUAUUGUUAUUUCUCAACAAAGCGAACUUCGCACCUUUACAGCGUGAUAAAAUUGUGAACUUUUUGCUAAAAAUAUAUAAAAAUUAAUCACAAACAUAAAUAAGGUAUAAAACUUGCAACAAAGAGAUUAAUUUAAAACAAAACAAGCCGCAAAAGAAAAGAAAAACAUUGGAAGUAUUAUUUUGACAUUUCCUACUAAAAUCGAUUAAAAUUUAUUAAUUAUUCACAUUAAAUGAAAAAUGUCUUUUAAACAUUGACCCCAUAAAGCAGUAGCCUUAACUAGCUGGAAAAAAUUUAGUAUUUUCUCAUUACAACGUAACAUUCCAAAGGCUAAACAUCCCUAAACUAAACAACAAUACAGCUGACAUUAAAAAAAAAAGAAAAACAAUAAUAAUCAUACCUAUAAAAAUAUUAAUAAACGACGAAAUAAAACUAGUACAAACACUUGUCAAGGAUCCCACAAACAAAAACAAAGCAAACCAAACCUCCCCUCUUUAAACUUAAAAGGAGAAGUGUAAAAAAUUAAAUAGUUUUUUUUUUUUUUUAAACAAAUUACCAAGUACUGAACUGAAGAGGAAACUGAACGCAGCAGUUGGUUUAAAAACGUCAUACCAACAAAAUGUUGUCUCGUUUACGUGAUUUUCUAACGCGUCAUCGCAGGAAAUUCGUGGUAACCGGUGUUGUAGUGGGAGGCACUUACUUGGCUUUAAAAUAUGCCCAAAAGAAACUCUUGGAUAUGCAAGAACGCCAGGCUAGAGAAUUUAUGGAGAAGUCGAGACGUAUGCAGCACUUUGAGUCCACAGAAAAGACCUGUAAUCAGGUUAUUAUAGGCAUGGGUGCGGAACUAAUGCAGGCCAUUUUAAAGGAAUGCAGCACAGAUGAAUUGCUGGAACAAUUAAGGGAAAAUCCCCCCAACAAACUGGAGCUGUGGGAGGAAAUGAAAAUUGUUUCUUUCACACGUUUAACUACUUUCAUUUAUGCCUCCUCAAUGCUGGUGGUGGCUUUACGGGUACAAUUAAAUGUUUUGGGUGGUUAUUUAUAUUGCGAUACGGCCUCGCCUCUAAUGGGUAACGAACAGGCUCUUAGCAAACAAAAACAAGCAAAAAUUAAUGAUGAUUUAAAACAACAAUAUCUCUCAUUAAUCAGACAUUUUAUACAAGAUGGUGGUUUAUCGGAAUUGGUGCGUUUGAUACGAGCAAAGGUAAUCUCCGUGAUGAAAGAAUUACCUUUAACUAAACGCUUAAGUUUGGACGAUAUUGAACAGGUAUUUUGUUCUUUACAAUUUGCCAUUAAUAGUGAACCCAACAGCGAUCCCUGCUCCAAAAUGAGCAGAUAUUUAUUGCCCUCACAACUCUCAGACUUUAACUCUGGAGGUCCUUUACUGGAAAAGCUAUUCAAUGAGACUUUGGAUAUGCUAGAAAGUGAUGAUGCCAGCAGUGUUUGUUCCAAUAACAUAUAUCGAGGCUUCUCUUUGGCGUUGGAUGCCAUAGCAGAGAGUAUAAGUGAGAGCAUUGUGGUGGCUCAAAAACAUAAUUCCACAAAUGAGCAACACAAUCAGUCUACUAGUAAUGUUGCGAACAGCUCUUCUGAUCCUUUGCUUAAUAUAAAUAGUGUACAAAUAGCAUUAGCCAAAAUUAUACCCAUAGUCAGUGGUUUGACUUCAAAGGGUUUCGACAGCUCUACACGUCCUCAAAAUCUAGCCACCUUACUUAUAACCUUCUAUGUGGUGUCGGAGAAAUGCAAAGUCUUGGGUGCCAAUGUUUAUGAAACAUUUUCUUCUUCAGCGUAAAAUUUAUUUAAAAAAAAACUUUUUUAAUUUUUCUACUUUUUAGUUUUUCUUUUUAAUAAUGUUCAUGUAACAAUUAAGAAACUUUUGUUUAAUAAAAAUAAAAUUUAUUUUACUCUUUAUAACGAAACAUAAUAUAAAAAAACGUUUGUGCUUCUAGCUGUAAAAAAAAACUAAAAACUAUAAUUUAGUUUGUGCUUUUGAAUAAAGAUCAAAAAAACGAAGAAGUCAUUAUAUUUAAAAGUCAUUUUAGUUUAAUUUUUAUGAUUUUUUAUGAGGGAUUUGCAAAUUUUUUUUUAAAUAAAUUAU